AUGGCAUUCUCCGAUUCUCGUUCUUGGGGCGUUUCCCUUGGUCUCCGGAUCCCGGCGCUCUUCUUCAAUAUCUUCAGCAUCGUCUGCUUCUCCUACGCUUUCCCGGAUGGCAUGUUGAUCUGGAUUAUCUUGUUCUCCAUUGUAGCGCUCUGGUCCCUCAUCGACCUAAUCCUCCUCUUCGACUACCGCGACCUCCACCCCGGCAUCGAUCUCGGCUUGGACCUGCUGUCCUGGCUGAUUCUCGGUAUUAUGGGUCUCAUUGCAAUCGGGUUCUACUUCAACACCACCGGCACAGCCGGGUUCGAUCUGCCGGAUUAUCUUCUCAUUGUUUUGCGGGUGGGCGCUAUCUUGGCUCCGAUCGCAGCGGUUUUCCAUUUGGUGCUGUUUGUCCGGGCGUGUAUCCAUAUGCAUCAGAGGCGUCGGGAGGGGAAGAAGCUGAACUAUAAAAUCAGUGAGGACAAUCGGAUUUAG